UCAUGACUCGAGGAGAGAGAAGAGCGCGCUCCUCUUGAGGCUGUACGAAGGAGUGGGCUGGAAAUGUAAAUAAUCUUGUUUUACCUAUUUAUCUCUCUCAGGACGCGGAAUUACUGCUGUAGAUGCAUUAAAAGGUGAAGAACAAUGCCUGCGCUUGAGGUUUUCAAUCGGCGUUGGCGGAUCGGCAGUGAUGACUUGGUGAUCCCGGGAAUCAUUGAGGUGUUGGUGCGAGCUGGAUGGCUGGGCUUAGUGAUCACCCUGUUUGUCCACCAUGAGGCAGACACAACCCGCUGCGAACAGGGCAAGUAUCUCCUGCGAAUCUUCCUCGUAGGGAGCAUGGUGAUCCUUGGGGCUACACUCAUCACCACUAUUGCCCUCGUAUACCACAGCAGUCGGGGGACCAUCAUGGAUGUAGGCCCGAGGAGACAUGUCCCAAAUCUGCUGAUCACAAGGGUCAUUCUGGGUAUCCCUGAAGUUGCCUGGAAUGGUAUGGGCAGCAUGUGGAUUAUCCUGGGGCAGGUCAUGUGUCAUGAUGCCCUGUCUAUUCUCAUGAAAGCUCUGGUCAUCUAUACGUGGGUAGCCAUCGGCGUGAUUGUGAUUGGGGUGUGGCUGCUGUUCGACCCCAUGAUGCGACCGAACAGGCAAGGGCCUAAUGAGGGUAGCUACCUUGUUGAAGGCGGUGCUUUAGGAACUCACUACAUCCAGUUGUGGGAGAAACGCUGUCGAUUCCUGUGUUGCUUGACAUCUAGGGAUGAGAAUAGCUCAGAAGCCUUCAAGAAUGUUGCAGAUGUAUUUGCCUCACUGUUUGAGGAGAGUGACCUUGUGGCCUCAGAUGUGGCUGCAGCCCUGGUGCUCCUGCGUCUCAAGAGGAAGCAAGAGGAACGCCAAGAGGAAGCCAUUAGGAAAAAUAACCUUCACCUGCCUCUAAGUCGCUCCUCCACAGCAAGCAUUGGUGCCCUGCAGAGUGAAGGUGCAUUACCCCACCAGCAAUCCCCUCGGCCGGAAUGGAUGAAAGUGGGCAGUGCUUACCACUUCAUGAAGUUUGCCUUGGCUUCCUAUGGCUGGCCAUGGUUUGUGUAUGACCGUUUCUGUCAGGCUUGUUGUUCCCUCUGGAAGCAUCUACACUGCUGUGCAAACUGCAGGGCAGGCCCAUCCCUUGAUGCAAAAGACAACUGUUGCCUAUGUAAUACAGCUGCACUGAAAGCUAUAACAGGGCUGGAUCAAGAAAGCAUUUCAUACAUCACAUUCCAUAAUAAGAUUUAUGAAGUUCCAUUUUUCGUUGCCAUUGACGAUGAAACAGAGCAUGUUGUGGUGGCCAUCAGGGGGACAUUGUCUCUUCAGGAUGCUAUUACAGACCUAACGUGCCAGUGUACAGAAGUGGAGGGUGCGGGGCUUCCGGAGGGUUGCCUGGCUCACAAGGGAAUGGUUCAUGCAGCCAAGUUUGUUCAACGCAAACUAGAGGAGACAAGGGCACUGAGGGAAGGCUUGGCAUCACGUCCUGGGUAUGGGGUUGUCAUCACAGGCCAUAGCUUGGGUGCUGGCACAGCAGUAGUCUUGGCAGCUCUUAUGCGACCACAGUUUCCCAACCUCAAGUGCUUUGCCUUCUCUCCGCCAGGUGGGCUAUGCUCAAAGGAAUUUGCCCUGGCCACUCAGAGCUUUGUGAUGUCAGUUGUUGUGGGUGAUGAUCUUGUGCCUCGUCUGUCCAUGAAUUCCCUCCACGAUCUACGCUACAAGAUCAUGUGUGUCCUGAACACUUGCAGACAGCCUAAGUAUCGUGUGCUGGCCCAGGGAUGCUGGUACAUGCUCUUCGGCAUUUCCUCAUCAUCGCUGGAAUCGGUUAGUACUAUCGAGAGUCCAUCGCAAGAUCGUCCACUCCUUGCAAAUGCUGCAAAUGCCUAUACUUAUCAUUCACCCAAAAUCAUGCAGGAGAGCAUGGAGGAUGUGCGGGUGACCUUCUCCGACGACGACUCAAGAAGGUGUCAAGUGCCACGACACACAGAGACACCACUCUAUCUUCCGGGAAGAGUCCUCUACUGCAACCCAAGCUUGCCUGAGGAAGAAAGGCUCGAGGUUGUGAGCAGCGAGUGGGAAUACCGAUGGGGUGACAUAAACGAGUUCACGCAGCUGCUCAUCUCGCCUUUCAUGAUGCGGCACCAUUUGCCACAGGUGGUUCUUGCAGCCUUGGAGGAUGUAGCACAGCAGGUGGCAUCCCCAAGCUAACCAAACAUCCUGUGGUACUUUGAUUUUUAUGUUGGUUUUAAUGAGAUUGAAAAAAAUAUGGAACUAUGGAGUACAUGCAUUAUACUGUUGUAUCUCUCACUAUCUUGCUGUCCUCUCAUAUUCUCUCUGGUGGUGACAGUAUGAUGUGCUGUUUUUGUUCAUGAAAAUCAAUCAAGCUGAGUGCAUUGAGAGCUUCACCUGUAUUGUGAAAGGCUAUAUCUGGUGGACGAAUAUAAAAUAAUUUCCUCAUUCUUUUUUAAUUCUUGGGAAUGUAAAAGCAAAUUUGGACUUUCAAACACUGAAUACAGUGGCCUAACAUUCUGAAGAGAUUGUUCAGAACACUACAGAAUUGAAAUUUCAGUGUUUGGUCUAUGACAUAUCCACAUCUCAGUCACAGCUGUAUUUUGACAUCCAGAAAAACUACAGGUGUCUGAUUAACAAACCCUGCUUUACUUGUAUCACUCUUUUGUAACAAUGUUGCAUAUCGUAUAGUAGGGUAUACGUUAAUGACAAUCGAUUAAUGAACGAGUAGUUGGGGAAUAUGCUAGAUAUUCAUCUUCUUUGAGAUGAAAUGGGACUUUGCUCAUGUCUCUGAAAAGUAGAAGUGACAAUAAGAACAGUUUUUAGUGGUAGCAUAGAUUAUGAUAGGAUUUUUGCUGGCAACAGAUGAAUGUGUAAGAUAGCAUGGAAGUUUAUUAGAGUGAAUAGAGAGGAAUAGUUAUAUUUGUUUACCUUGUAUAUGAAAUAUUCAUAGAGAAGAGAAGGAAUUUAUAGCUUGUAACUUAGCCUGAUGGUUAGCUUCUGGCAUGCUACACAAGAACACUCAGACUUUACGGUAGCAGUGAACAAAUCCUAUUUGAAGUCCUUCCUUAAUGUAUUGUGAUAAAUAAUUAUAGUCACUGCCAUUGGCCAGGGGGUUAGAAGGUACCUCUGAGUGUGGAGGACAGGGGUUUAAUACCACAGGCUGAUGUUCCAGCCAGACUUCCAGAAGGCCACUGUCUAGUGUGAAUGAGGGACUUCUAGGGAUGACUUCACAUUGAGACAUACAGAAAUGCCCUAUCUUGCUGUGAAAAUCUCCCAGUCGAUCUCUAUUUAGAUUCAAAACAUGACCCUUGUCUGUUACCAUAUGACCCUUAUGGCUAAUAUUUAAGGGUUAUAAGGUAAAAGGGGAAGAAUUUGCUCACUUUGUUGUUAGUGGCACUUUUAAGACCAGAUAUGUGAGGGAUAAAGACUUUGCUGUCAUAAAUCAUCUCACUACACCAAAUACUCCAACCAAAUGCUGAAUACUUUCAUAUGCUCUCUUGUCAUAUUUGUUAAGAAUACAUUCUAAGUAUUAUUGGUUUGCUGUGUCACCACUGUUGCUUAAGAUAUAAACAAACUUGCUCUUUUCUCUCAAAGGGCAUGACCAUUGUUUACCUAAAGGGAGGGGACCAUGAUACUUUAUCAAACAUGAUCCUAUUUUAAUCCUAUGAUGCUAGUGCAUGUACCGUCCACUGUAGUUUUGUUUUAUUAAUUUAUUUAUUUGUACACAUAGGUGGCUCCACAAGCACUUAGACAUCAAAUAGUCAAAUACCAGGCAUGCCAAACUUUACCAAUUUAUGCUAUUCCAUGAUUUUUUAGGGAUUAAAAAAAUUAUGUUGCUAUUAUAAUUAUAAUGAAAUAGAUGAUAACAAGGAUUAUGAUGAUAAUUUUAAGUAAUAAUAAUAACAAACAACAACAACAAUGAUAACAGCAACAUAUACUAAACACCAUCAACAACAAUAAAAAAUAACAACCUUAGUAGUAAUACCAACAGUAAUAGGUCACAUAAGGCUUGUAAUUGCUUGUGAUAUCAUCUAUAUGUAAAAAGAAAAAAAAAUAAUUGUGGACAGUGCACACAUGUAACAGUGGGUUGAUAGAUUUUUAUGUAGAGUGAGUUGGUGUAGGUUAUUCAUGUGUCCCUCGCCCUUAAUUUGGUUUUCUCCCUCUUAAUUUUGAAUAUUUAUUUAUGUUUUUUUAUAAUUAUCUUAACAUUUGCUUAUAGAAUCUGUGGUGUAUAGUUUUACAGACAUAGACAUUUAUAUGCAGCCAAACAUACAGAAGCACAUGUAUGCUAUAACCAUAUAUGAAGCAAUACUAAUUUUUCUUAGGGGGAUAUAAUGAAAAAUCAUUAUUGGAAGAACUAUGUCUGUUUUUUAAUUUUAUUUUCCUUUUUGGUUUAUUUGAUGUGUUCGAUAGUGCUCCCUCCCUGCUAUUUUCUGAUGUUGAACUCUGUGUCAAAAGAGACUAUAUGAUUUCUUCUUUUUCUUUAAUUAUCAUUCUAAGAGGUUGAGAUAUAAUGAUGUGUGAUGAAACUGUCUUCCCCCCCUUUUCCUAAAUUUCCCAUUUUUCAUUUGCAUAUGUACAUGAUAUCCCUAUGCAAAUUAGUAUCAUCCCUCAGGGACACUUCAAAUAUGGUGAUCAUGACUUUAAUGCAUUUCUUUCCUGUAAUACAACUUUAUUUUUCGAUAAAUCUUUUGAAAUAUUGCUUUACACUUUCAGUGAAUACUCUAGCAGAUUCAGUUUCUUCUCUCUCUUUCUCUUUCUGUCUCUGUCUCUCUCUCUCUCUCUCUGUCUCUGUCUCUGUCUCUCUCCCUCUCCCUCUCCCUCUCUCCCUCCCUCCCACCUUUUACCUUGUUCUUUUUUAUUCUCUGUCUCUUUCCACAAGCACAACACAAGUUAGAGAAAUAAGGGGAAUGAUAGUACUUAUAUGUAAAGCAUACACUGUCAGGUCAUAACACACUUAUUUUUUGUAAAAUGUGGAGUGAGAAAAAACUUGUUAAUUUGUUAUCCAGUUUUUGUAGCUAUUGUAUUUAGCUAUUCUGAUGCCAUCUGCAAAAAGGUUGUCCUUUUAUGGCAAAGCAUGAAUAAAGCAUUCCAAUAAUUGUUUAUGAUUUUUGUUUUUUAUUUUUAUUUAUUUUUUCUUAGAACACAUGAAAGAAUUCAGAAGGAUAGUGUGUGUAAAAGUAAAGAAAAAAAAAGAGGAAAUUAAGUGAGAUUCAGAUAGUGAAAUUAAUUUUACCCAAUGCUAUGUGUAUUAUGCUUGAUGUCAUAAUACAUUGAUUAUUCAUCUAUUCUUGAGUAGUGUGUAUCAUUAAGAAUGAUAAUUAUAUGAAGUUAUCAAAGGAGAUUGUAUUGAUAAUUGAAUAACUGUAAGGAUUUUAUACAUAUAUAUGUUAAUAUUAUUUUGUUUUUGUUUUUUUACUCUAUUUAAUGACUUGUUAUAUUGUUGAAGUUGUUUCACCUAGAUUUGCUUUGCCUUCUGUUAAGGUUGUUUCUUUCACAGAACUGCCUAUGAUCCCUAAGCCACCUGAUACUACAUUGUUUCAUAGAUGGUCGGAUUCGGCUCUGCAGCGGUGUCCUAGCGAGUCAUGAAAUGCAUUAGUGUAGGUUGUAUAUCUUAAUUGGAUUAUGUGACACAAAAAUACCAGGGAAUGUGAUUGAAAGAAAGAAUAAACAGUUUAGGUUGAUUUAGCAAUCCUUAUUUGUCAUAGGAUAUGAAUAUAUUUGGACAGUGUUGCAUAUGAUGAAGAAAAUGAUAAAUGACAUACCUUUCGUGGAUACAUUUUUGGGAGAAGAAGAACUUAGGUGGAAAAGAUUAUUCGCUGACUAGCAUCAUAUAUGUAUAUUGUAAUCAUAGGAGUUAUAAUGGCUGUGUGUGGUAGUGUUUAUAUGUGUAUCUCAUAGUGAGAACUAAAACCACUGUUGCAUUUUUUUCUCAAUAGUGAAUGUAACAUACCUGGAUGCUGGUCAUCCUUGCACUUGAGUAAAUGUUAACAAUGUGACAUUAGGAGGAUUUCUUGAAAAAUGCUUGACUGUAUUUUUUUUGUAAGUGAAUGCUUUCUUUACUUAUUUUUAUCUGUUUAAAGAAAAAGGUGUUGGUGGUUACUCGGUUUAUUCAAAUUAAGUGUAGAGUUUUGGUUGAUUGUAAACCCACUCACAUUGGUUCAGGUUGAAGAUACUUCAGCUUUAAUUUUUAUUAGGGUAUUUAUUACUACAAGACAACCACUUCUAAUCCACUGUAAUCUGGUUUGUUUGCUGGCACUGAUAUUCAAUUUCUUGGGCCACUGUACUUUCAUAUCCUGAAUUAAUGUGUCUAAUGGAGUUAAAGUACCUACUGAACACAUUUCAAAAAUUCAGUAAAAUUAUCUACAAGGCAGUUGGGAAUUUGCAAUGAAAAAUGCUAAUUGCACUGUCUGUACUGCCAUUCCCUUCUGAGUCAUGAAAUAUUUUGCUUGCUCAUAAUGUUGACUUUGAAGUUAUACUUCAUCCAUUUUCAAGAAAGAAAAACAAGCAGCUCACCCCAAACUCUGGAGUAUCUGGUUCACCAAGUCUUUUUUAUUCUGGUUAGCUUAAUCUUAAUACUUGUUUAUAAAUUUUGUCAUUUUAAAACUCAUAGAUUAUUUUUAUUGUGUUAUUGAAAGUUGCUACCUGAACACCAUUUUUUUUUUUUUUUUUU